GAAAGGCAGCAUGGAGAGAAUAUGAAGUUACCGAUUAUGCAUCAUUUUUGGACCCCAAUGUAAAGCUGUGAUUGAACAGUUCAGAUACAGAUUUCAGUUGGAAGAGAAGCCCUUCUGGCAAGCAGAAUGACUGAAGGUGUAGAUGUUCCUCAGACCACAAAAACCACUAUAAUCAAUGGCUCCAUUACCCACCUGGCAAGAGCCAGGGCUGAUGCUAUUCAAUGCCCUGAGACAUGGAGCGGGACUUCUCCUUCACAUCUUUCAGAUACGGUGCCAGGGCAGGACGAGGAACAUUGCUGCAAGCUUGAGGAUCAGGACAAUCAGGGAGGAGAUUCCUCCAGCCUCCACGAGGGGCUGCAGUGCCAUAUAGAAAUGGCAGGAGAGCGACACAGUGGACACCUGUCACCUGAUGGAGGCUGGGGUUGGGCUGUACUAACAGCUACUAUCCUGGUCUUGGCACUCACCCUCGCCUUCCCCUCCUGCAUUGGCAUCUUUUACACAGAUUUGCAAAAAGAGUUUCAAGCAAGCAACACUGAAACCUCUUGGGUGCCAGCCAUCAUGACAGCAGUACUACAUGCAGGAGGCCCUGUGUGCAGCAUUCUCGUGGAGAACUUCGGCUGUCGUGCAACAAUAAUGUUGGGAGGGAUCCUGAGUGGACUUGGGAUGGUAGUCAGCUCUUUUGCUCAGACCAUGGCAGACCUGUACAUUGCCACUGGAGUCAUAACAGGACUGGGAUUCUGCUUUUGCUUUCAGCCAUCAGUCACCAUGGUGGGCCAUUACUUUGUACGGCGCCGUGCCUUUGCAAGUGCCCUCUCUUCCACAGGAACAGCCCUGGGUCUAAGCACUCUGCCCUUGCUGGCCAACUUUCUGCUGGGGCAGUUUGGCUGGCGAGGCAGCUUCUUGAUACUGGGAGGAGUGGUGCUCAACUGCUGUGUGUGUGGGGCUGUCAUGAGGCCUCUGCAUACCAAAAUGAAGGUGAAGGCAAUGCAGAUAGAGUCAGUGCAUCCACUGCUUAAAACCAAUGGUCUUCUUGCACAGCAGGAGCAUAAAGGGCUAAAGGGGCGUCUGCAGAGCACCCUGUCAAAGAUGGUGCCCUUCAUGUAUAGGCAUAUGGCUGUAGACCUAAUACGCACUCACCCACGCUUCCUUGUCUAUGCUUUGGGUGUGUCAUGGAUGAUGCUGGGGUUUUUAGUGCCACUUGUCUACCUGGUGCCGUACGCUACUGCACAUGGGAUAGAGCAGGAGCGUGCUGCUCUGCUUAUGGCUGUCCUUGGUCUGGUCAAUGUCACAGUAAGACCAACGGCAGCGCUGCUGUUCGGACUUAAGCGCUUCCGUGGAAGCCACCACUUUGUCUACGUGUUUGCUUGUGCCCUCUUGGUCAAUGGCCUGAGCAACUGUGUGUGUGCUGCAGUAACCGAUUUCCAGGCACUCCUGUCCUAUGUGCUGGUUUUCGCUGCUUCUAUGAGUAUCGUAGGUUCACUGCUCUAUACUGUAUUGAUGGACACGGUGGAGAUGAGUCGGUUCCAGUCGGCCCUGGGCCUCAUCAGCAUCAUGGAGAGUGUCAUGCUCCUUCUGGGCCCGCCUCUAGCAGGAAUGUUGGCAGAUUUUACUGGGCAGUACAGUUACGUGUUCCUCUUCUGCAGUGUGUCUGUUUCCACUGCUGGCCUCUUCAUUAUGGUGUCCUUCUACUGGUUGGACAGACAGUGUAGCAAAAAAGAGAAGAGGCCUUUCUCUGAACACAACCACAACUUGAUGCCCAGUAUCAGUCUGGCAAAUGAUGUUGGAGGAAACCAAGUGCCUUUACAGAGGAAGAUGGUUCAAGACACUGAUACUGCCACUAAUGUUUAA